AGUGACUGGAGGGGGGAAGAAAAGCAGGAGGAGGAGGAGGGAGAGGAGAGGAGAGGAGAGCAGCUACAUUAUCAACACACACACUGCUAUCAUUAGACUCUGGAAGCUCUGCGGGAGCGGUGGCAAGUCGGUCCACGGCGGCUCUUCCUCUCCGUCUUUCGGCUCCGUUUCUGAUUGUUUCGGGACUUUUUUCGUUGCUUUCAUCCGUCCUGAUGCCAGCAGCGCGGAGGAUGGAUUUGUAGGCAGCUGCUGGUCUGAAGCGCGUUUUUCCUGCGGUUACGCAUCCACUCACCUUUUCACCUGAUUCCCCCACUUCUAACGCCGCAGCUCCAUCUUCACUUGGAUCAACGAGGACAUAUUUUUUUUACUUUUAUAAAUAAAUGCACUUUUUAAAAAAAUCCAUUGACUCGGACGGCAGAUGAAUUUAAACUAAAACUGAGAUUUGAACUUGUUGUUUUUUUUAUUAUUAUUUCCUCAUGACUUUAAUCAGUGCUCCGGAUUCUGAUCUCUCCAAUCUGGCUCAGAUAUUUAAGCUUUUUUAAUAGUUUGGAGACCAAAAAAAAAAAAAACGCGCAAAAAGCGGCUUCGCUCCUGUUGCUUCAGCGGGAACAACUCACCGGCUGCGUCGCCUCUCCACGCCGCUCGGUUCUGCCCGGUUCUCGGUGGGAGUUGACCUUCCCGCAGCCUCGGAGCGCACCGUGCGAGCCGGAAACCGCGAACCAUGCCUCAGCUGUCGGGCGGCGGCGGCGGAGACCCGGAGCUCUGCGCCACGGACGAGAUGAUCCCGUUCAAGGACGAGGGGGACCCGCAGAAGGAGCAGAUCUUCGCCGAGCUCAGCCACUCGGAGGAGGAGGGGGACCUGGCGGACAUCAAGUCCUCCCUGGUCAACGAGUCGGAGAUCAGCCCCAACAGCAACAACCACGACGCAGGUAGACAGUCCCAAAUAGUGGCAGAUUCCUACCAUGAAAAACACAGAGAUCGUCCUGAUGAUGGAAAGCACCCGGACAUGUACAGUAAAGGCCACCCGUACCCGGCCUAUCCGGGCUACAUCAUGAUGGGCAACAUGAACAACGACUCCUACAUGAACAACGGCUCCCUGUCGCCGCCCAUGGCCAGAACGUCCAACAAAGUUCCCGUCGUGCAGCCGUCCCACGCCGUCCACCCGCUCACGCCGCUGAUCACGUACAGCGACGAGCACUUCGCUCCGGGACCGCACUCCGGCCAUCACCCCCAGGAUGGAGGCAACAAGCAAGGAAUGCCCAGGCAUCAUCCCGGUCCAGACAUGCCCAACUUCUACUCGCUGUCUCCUGGAGGAGUGGGGCAGAUCACGCCUCCUCUGGGAUGGUUCUCUCACCACAUGGUGCCCGGCCCCCCUGGCCCCCACGCCACAGGGAUCCCUCAUCCAGCCAUCGUCAACCCGCAGGUCAAGCAGGAGCCGCCACAUGAAAGUGACAUCAUGCACAUGAAAUCCCAGCACGAACAGAGAAAGGAGCAGGAGCCCAAAAGGCCGCACAUCAAGAAGCCGCUAAACGCCUUCAUGCUCUACAUGAAAGAGAUGCGUGCAAAUGUGGUCGCCGAGUGCACGCUGAAGGAGAGCGCCGCCAUCAAUCAGAUCCUGGGACGACGGUGGCACGCUUUAUCUCGGGAAGAGCAAGCUAAGUAUUAUGAGUUAGCCCGCAAGGAACGGCAGCUCCACAUGCAGCUCUACCCCGGCUGGUCCGCUCGAGACAACUAUGGGAAGAAGAAGAAGCGGAAGAGGGAGAAGAUGCAGGAAACGGCCACAGGUACAGGCCAGAGAAUGAAAACGGCGUACAUCUGAGAAUAUGGAGGAAAGAGGAGCAACUUCUCCACGUGCAAAGCAAAAGCAGCCGCAGCGGGCCCCCUGCUUGAGAUGGAGGCCUGUUAGAUCCCAUGAAGACCCUAAAAUCUCCAACCUGAAGCCUCCAGUUCUCAGAGGACCCCCCCUUCUCCACCCAACGCCCCCCCACCCCCCCACCCCACCACCACCACCUCAGCACGGCCACACCGGAACAGAUUGAACCCUUCCCACACCCCCUGAAGGCGCCUCUGCUCUGGAGACACUGAACUGAACAAGACAAUCACGAUUUGCAGGAGCGCCGCCAUGUGACCGCACCCUCACACCGGACCCCCACAAACCCCCCCCCCCCCCCCCUCCCACCCGUCUGUCUUCUCGUCUCUGAGGGCACUGCACUGAAAAACCGCAGCACAGACUCCUCCGCCGGCACUAACUUAUUCUAACUUAUUUGUCACCCGUUUCCUUUUUGUAUAGUCCAUUGGGCCCUCGCUCGCCCACCCCGCCACGCCCUCCCUCUCUUCCAUCUCUCACUGGAAAUGUUUUUGAGACCAUUCGGGUUUCCACCCGAGCGACCAAACGCCUCCUUGUUGUUGUUUUUUUUGUUGUUUUUGAAAGACUGCACUAAGGAAGACGGAGGGAGGGAUCUCAUCUCGUCUCACUAAACGUCCUUGAGGUUUUACCGAGUCGCUGACCAAGUUGAUGCGGGGGGGAAGGAUCAACGAUUUGACUCUCUCUCUCUCUCUCUCCCUCUCUCUCUUCUUGCUUUAGACUGAAUUUUAUUUUGAAUGCUUUUUGUUUUUGUAUCUUGUUUCAUCCUCUCGGUGUAUAUUUUAGUGAUUUUUUUUGUUUUUUUUUAAUAGUGUUAUAUAUGAAAAUAAGCUUUGGACACAAGAAAGCCAUUUUUUUUUUCUUGUUGGAGCGUCUUGCGGAAAAAUGGAAACUUAAGGCUUCUUUUGAUAACUAUUUGUAACAAACGGUGACCUCGGGUCGGCUCGGAUGUAACAUUAACGCUCGGUAUGUGUACUUUUAAAAAACAAACUGUCAGGAUAUGUUGGAUUUUUCUGGAUAUUUUUGCAGGCUACAUCAGGAUACGGGCAGGAGUAACAGCUCAGAGGCCUAUAUUUUAUUGCUCGGAAACAUGAACAAAUGAAGCAGAUAUAUAUAUUUACCCCCAGCACUUGACAGUCUUUCUUUUAUUGCAAUGGACCUUUUGUCUUUUCUCUCUCUGGUAGCUAAUAGUGUGGUCUUUUUAGCCAUGUUGUUUAUUCCAUAUCUGUAACAUUCUUAUGAUUUUGAUGCUCUAUUUUAGUAUUACUUGACAAAUUAUUAUUUUUUUUAAUUAUUAUUAUUAUUAUUAUUAUAUUUCGGGUCACUGUUGUCUUGGAAGAGCAUUUUUCCUCCCAAGAAGUCAUAUUUGAAUUGUUUCGACAUGUUUUUUUUUGUUCUUUUUUUCUUUUUUUAAAGAAAAUAAAAGGCACCAUUGUCUCAUUUGAUGAGUCGUGUGGUGAAAACACCUGAG